AUGCACUUGAUUGAACAGCAAGCUGCUGCUGCAGUGCAGAGAGGACUUUUCAUUUCUGCAAGUGCUCGUGGUGUGUGCCUGAGUUUAUCCUGUCUUGCUCGGUUGUGGCCAUCUUACCAUUCUUCAGCAAAUGUGUCAAAGGUCGACUAUUUCAUUAGCCACUCCUGGUCAUGUCCAGGGUGGAAGAAGAUGCUGGGAAUGUGCUACUAUUUCAAUUUCAAUUUGGCAACUAUGCUUUCCAUCUUCACAUGCAUGGUAGGAGCCUCGAUUUUGGUUUUGGUAGCUGGAAGCUUUAGUGGUGUGGCAAGUGAGUAUCAAGAUUGGCUUGCUGUCACUUUGCUGUACUCGCCAAUACUAGUGUUCUUCCUGACAUUCUUCUUGGGACAUUUGCCAAGAUGCAAGACAUUCUGGUUUGAUGGUGCCUGUGUCAACCAAACCGACAUGCUGGAGAAAGCAGCUAUACUCCAAGCAAUUCCGGCCUUUGUCGCAAAUUCCACCGAGAUGCUCGUUCUGUGGGAUGACGAGUAUUUUCAGAGAUUAUGGUGCAUCUUCGAUCUCGCAGUCUUUUGCAAGACUUCGAGGUCGCAGUACUUUGCGCUGCAUUUUGUGCCCAACUGGGCGCCGAGUUUCAGUUUGUCAUGCUUCAUGGUGAUGGCUUUGGGCGUUUUCAUCCUACCUGUGGUGCCUCGCAAUGACUGGCCUUCCCCAGAUUCGCUCUUCACGUCAUGGUUCUAUGACGAACUUGCACCACUUCCCGUGUUGGUGAUGGCUCCCAUGCUUUUGGCUUGGUUUGGUUUCGAGAAGCUGGAUGGCCACAAGCAGAUGUUGGAUCAGAUGGCAUCCUUUGACUUCAGAAAUGCGCAGUGCACCUUAGAAACAGAUCGGGUAGUUCUUCAGAGGCAAGUGCAAGACCUUUUUGAUGAGGCCUUGGAACCUCCUUUGUCUAUCUCGAUUGAUGCGGCAGGGGUUUCAGAGACAGUUUCUGACGCAGAUUCAGCGGAUCCCCUUCUAUUGAAAAAAGUUCUGCAAGGCAGUCGCCACGUCACCAGCUAUCCGACCGAAGAAGAAGUCAUUGACCACUUUAAUGCAUAUGUGAGGGGCCCAUUGCGCGAUAGGGUCGUGAGCUUGAUGGGUCAUGAGAUGGACAUCUCGUUGAAACUUUGCGCCGUCUCCAAUCUGCCGGUGGUGCUGCUGGGAUUCUUCCUGGUCUUCAGCUGUGACCGUCACUCAGAUUGUUCUUCUGCCCUGGUUCAAGGCUACGCGUCGGUCUCGCACUACCUGGUCACGACGGCGUUGAUCAACUGUGUCAUUGUGCCGCUUCUCAUGUCUUUUGCAUUUCCUCUUGCAUUGCGGGCCAACCACCUAGUGACCUUGCUGGUCAAAGGGAAGGUCUGGCGUUUUGUCUUCGGAUUUGUUGUGAGCUCCUUGGUUUUUGCAUUCGUGAACGUACUGCAAGCGGCCGGGGCUGCAGGGAUGGUAGUCAUUGCCUGUCAAGGUGUAGAUGAGAUGCUGCAACGAUAUCCUCGUGUGUUGACCUUAAGCGAAGAUGCUCUUGUGUGGGUGUUCGCAAGGCGUGCUUCUUCAAGGCGUUUCAACGGAUCGCUCCGUCCGGUGGAGGUCGACGACCGGGAGGUCGACGGAGCUGCUGUUGGCGAGCGUCUGCUCGUGCAGCGAUGGCCUUGUGCUGUGUUGGUGCAGAUCAGAAGGUUGCUGGGCAUGGCGUAUGCCAAAGGCUCUCCACCCUCGCGAUGUGCUGAGCACUUCAGCUGCAAGAAGAUUCAGUGCGGCAACGUCUUAGUGGAUGCCCUGGUCCUUUCCUGCGGCCACGACCUCUGCCUGAGCUGUGCGGCGAGCGCCUUGCGGCAGACGAGGUCCUUGAGCGGUAAGACGGUGCGGUGCUUGCUGUGCCCAAGCAUCACCGAGCUCUGCGAUGAAGCGGCCAAGACGCUCCUGAGUCGGCCGACGGUCCCCAUGGUGGAGCCGCAGGCGCUGCCGCUCCGGACGCCGGAGUGGCCGAGUCAAGCGAGUGGGAUGAAUCUGGGCGUCCUCUACCCGCCCCGAAUUCCCAACGAGCGCGCCCGGCGAGAUGAAAGCAGCCCGCAGAGCCUGGACAGCGGCCCCUCGAGAGGCAUCCCCGCACGUGCACUGGUGCCCGCACCGAUGCCUACGAGCUGUGUGCCAGUCCCGAGCUCGGCGAUCGCCCGCAGGGAUGAGGAGCCUUGGCCCGGCCGGACGGUGCACAUCUUCAGGUGUGCGGAGCACCCCGAGGAGCCAGCGACCUACUUCUGUGCCUCGACUGGCGACUGGCGACUGCUCGACUGGCUCACCGGGAGUUCCCGCAUGUUCCAGAUGUAG